GAAUGUUGAAAAUAAACACUGGAUCUUGUGUGAGGUGAAUUUGGAGGAGGUCGUGGUUAAAGUUUAUGAUUCCUUGAAGACUUCCCGAAGUAAAUGGUAUGCAUUUGAUCUGUGCUCGAGGCUUCCUUAUCUACUACAAGAGAUUCAACAUGACCUCCCACGUCCCUUACACCUUAGACCAUGGGAGGCAGUGGCUGUUGAUGGGGUUCCACAACAAGGAAUAGGGAGUGGAGUAUGCGGUGUUAUGGUUAUGGCGUUUGCUGAACAUUUGAUGCACGACCUCCCCUUAACACCCGGGUGUGAGUACGAUAACUGCCGCACAAUACGA